AUGACGGGCGACCAGGACCGGAAGAUCCGCGACCACAUCCGGGCGCGGAUGGAGGAGCCGCCGAUCGUCCGGCUGCGCGACAAGGUUUCGUUCAUGCUCGGCGUCGUCGGAGUCGCGGCGAUCGAGUUUGCCAUCCUGGUCCGGCCGCGGAGCUUUGCGUGGUGGUACGUCGGCUUCAUCCUGCCGCUGCUGGGGCUGCGGCUGUGGAUCUACUCCCGCCUGCGCUGGCACUACUUUCUCAUCGACUUCUGCUACAUGGCCAACGUCUCCUGCCUUGUGCAGGUUCUCGCCUACCCGCAGCUGCAGCCGCUCGUCGUUGCCAACUUCGCGCACGCCUCGGGACCGCUCGCCCUCGCCAUCAUCACGUGGCGCAACUCGCUCGUCUUCCACUCCCUCGACAAGAUCACGUCGGUCUUCAUCCACGCGCUGCCCGCCCUGCUGCUCUUCUGCACGCGCUGGUACCCGCCCGCCGGGCUCGAGCUGCCGGACUCCAUCUCCGCGUGGACGACGAUGCGGCUCGGCGUCCUCUCGUAUGGCGCCUGGCAGCUCUUCUACGUCCUGGUCACGGAGGCGCUCUUCGCACGCGCACUGCACGAUGACCCUGCACUGAUGACGUCGAUACGCUGGCUCACCAGCCCCGGCUCCAACGGCGACUACAGCGGCCUCACCCGCAUGUUCGACGCGGACCGCUGGAAGACCAAGCUCAUCUUCAUCGCGGUGCAGCUGCUCUACACGUGCGUCGCGCUGCUGCCGGUCCCGCUCCUCUGGUCGCACUACUGGCUGCACCUCGCCUACCUCCUCGGCAUCUACCUCGCCUGCGUCUGGAACGGCUCCUCGUACUACAUCGAGGUCUUCUCUAAGGCGUACCGCAAGCAGUUCGAGGGCGACGCCGCCGCGAGGCGUGCCGCCGCCUUGCAGAUGCUCGAGGCGCCUCCGCCUCGGCCGAGCUUGCGCAAGGAGCUGAGCAAGGAGCUGGGCAAGGAGCUGGGCAAGGGCGGCGGCGGCGGCGGCGGCGGGGGUGGGGGCGGGGGCGGGGGAGGGGGAGGAGAGGGAGGAGAGGGGAGUCGAGGCGGAGGCGGCAGUGCAGCGGCAGACAAGAAGGAGGACUAG